CGUGAAUUUCACGAAACAACCGGGAGUUUCGCUGUUCCUCACUGGUCCAGGCAACAGGAAACGAGAAAUACCCAAAAACGGGUGUGGGCAAGAUGGGCAGUUGGCCUGCCGAGGUUACACUGGAAACGUAAGCAAAAUUGGGCAACAGGAGCAGCAGCAAGACAAGUGCUCUGCUGUCCAUAAUCUUGACCAACGGUGGACAGAGAAGUAAUAGCAGUGUAUUGGAACAGACAAUGAUGGCCAUGUCUCUGUAUGGCAGCAGCUCUGGAACUGGUGGCGGCAGCCCUUAUCAUCCCUUUGGACCAGCCCCUGGGAGUCACAAGCCCUUGACAAAUCAUUUGGAACGAGGGUCUCGCAAGCUGCCUCGACCCAAGCGCAGUCGAAGAAAGAAGCAGAAGGAGGUGUCUCUGUAUCCCUCCAUUUCGGCUGUGGAAGAAGCAGUCCCCGAGACGAUUAUUUCGUUUGGUGAUAAUGGUACCUUUGAAAUUAACCUGUCGUCCAAAGAUGACAUGACCGAUGCUGAAGCUGCUGCUGCUGCCAGUGGCAACAACAAAGAUAGCGAGCAGAGGAAAGAAGAAGAGGUGGUGUCCUCAUCGGAGGAAUCCAUGAUGACGGACGACGAAGAGAAUCCUCUGGAUGUUCAUAGCAAGCCAUUUCAGCGUCGCCGUUACAACAAGAAGGACAGGUCGGCACUCUCGCUGGGGCGCAUGUCCUCUAAUUCGUCUCAAUCGUCCAUGUCGUCUCAACAAUCAGAGACCGGAUUGAAUCAAGAAUUUCGAAAACUCUCGGUCAAACGAAAGCCAGUGGCCAGCGCUCCUUGGCCCAUUGACGAUGAAGACUUUGAUCCGCUGGGAGGAAUAGUCUCGACGGCUCCUCGUCGUAAGGUCUCAAGACAUGCCAGCCGUGAUUCAGAGCACAGCCGUGGCAGUCUGGGAAGUAUCAGCUGUGACAGUGACAGUACUGGCGCUGCCCCUCAUCAUCGUCGUACGGCCACUUUUGACUCCAUCAACUCGGAAGGAUCCAGUGCUCCGUCUCUUGCAGAGCUCAAACAGCAGGAAUCGCAGUACAACCAGCAGCAGCAGAAACCAAAGAAGCACAGCCGCACGGGUAACAACAACAAGAAGCAUUCGACCCUGUCGGGAACUUCGCCCACACAAAAGUCCAAGCCUCCCUUUCGGCGUAUGAAAUCCUGGCAUGACGAUGAAAAGUCGGCCGAAAAGAGAGCGCAAGAAUUGGAAAUUGAACCUGGAUUUUUCUUACCGUUACGAGGUACCGAUGAAACCAUGGCGGCCAUCAAGACUGGAUUUGUGGAGGAGAUUUUCUGUCAAGCCUGUGAUAUCGAAUUGAUCUGUAUUUCCGAUGCUUCCAUGUGUGUCUGUCCAGAAUGCAAGUGUGUCAGUCCUGUCGACGGAAUUGCCUCCAUGAGUGCUUUGGCGAAAUCCAAAUACACCAGAGGGAGCGUCGGACUGGGUCUCAGAGCGUCAACUCGGGUGUAAACAAGAUAGAUGAAGGCGUGUGACAGGGAAGAGGAGUCUACAUGCAUGAAUAGCGACCAACAACAUUGUGCCGGAAGCAACACUAUUUUAAAUUUAUUGCUUCAAUAAGAAAUUGAAAACAGGAAUACUUGCUCCCGUUAGCUAGGGCAU